GUGAAUUUCACCGCCAAAAGAGGGCAGCUUCCUCCCCCCAAGUCUGCACACAACACGACGACGCCUUGGCUUCCCAGUACACCAGAAAUCAAGGCAGCAAAACCUCGCUGAUUGGAUCUUUGAGAACAUACUUCCCGGAGCCUCAAGGGACGAUUCAUUAUAUUUUCACAGCUCUCCCCGUAGACCGGAAUAUCGCUGCCAUCCUCCUUCGCACUGCACCGGUACUCAAGAUUGGGUCGUAUUCUAUUACGGCUUAACUCGGGACUCAUCCAACACCUGUUAUCUAUCCUACACCCCUCAACACCACUAUUUCUUCCAGCUGUGAAAGUUCCAUCCUUGGUCCGUCCGCACCCCUCUGUCAACAUCACGAACUUUUACGCCUCUUUCUCCACUUCUAAUAUUCCAAAUAUUGUUUAAAGAAAGUUUUUAUUUUUAGUAAAAUCCUUCGUUCGGUAUGGGGGGCGCCGGUCAUGGGAACACUGGCCAUCAGGCCAUCGAUAUUGAAUCUAGGUUUAUCGAAAGCAUGCGGAGGCAGAGUAAAGACUCGUACGAGUGCAACUUCUGUCCUGUCGUGGCUAAUGUGGAGCGGGGUCUGUGGAAUCACAUAACAACCCAUCACCCGGAGGAGUGUCCUCAGGAUGAGCUUGAACUCCAGCGUUUUCGGACACAUAUGAAAGAAAUAUGCCAAAGAAAAGGAGCGGAUGUGCCAUCACGUCCUGAAAAUAUACAAACACAUAAUUCAAAUACGUUCAUCCGAUGGAGUUCUAAAGAUGCUGCUUCUUCGAAAGACCCCGGUGGACAAAGAAUGGGUCGUAAAAUGGAGCCUGGAGAUCAAACUAGCUCGUCGGCAUAUCCUGGGGGUAACGUUGAUGAUAUUGCGAAUGGGACUUCGCAUAUAACCUUGGGACACCAAGAUAUUCAAAUGCUCGAUGCUUCUUCCCAGGCUCGGAUGGUAAAUAGAAAGAGGAACGGCCCCGAUUCGGCUCCGGAUGGCGGCCCACCAACACCUACCCAUACUACACCCCGUGAAAGCCAACCAAAGCGCACAAGGGCCGGGGGUAGGGGAACUUUAGGGAGGGCCUCACAAAAAUUACCGAGGAUGCCUCUAGAUCCUGAUUUUGAUCGAUCACGAUUCAAGACGGAGCAGUAUGGAGAUAACGAGGGGGGAGUGGCUACUAGAGCAACCGCAUCCCGCCGUCUUUUCGACCCGGAGAAGGAUAAUCCUGGUGUCUUUAAGGGUGAAGAGGACUCUAAGCGACUUGAAGAGACAAAUCCGCCUCCACGGCCUCUUCCUCGACCAAGAGGGGGCGCCCGGAGGAAGGGACCACCCCUCUAUCCCUCGUCCCAACCAAGGAAGAUAGCCGUGCCCACAUCUCAAGCAUUUCCUCUUAACCGCGAAGGCGGGCAGAUUAUGAUCUUGGAGAACUUUGCACAACAACAAUCCCAGCAGUUGACCCAACCACCACAAGGACGUCAGAUGCGACCACCACCAUUCCACGGGGGCUCAACGCCCGAAGAUAAUGAAACACGGAUGGUCAGACAGCCAGAGACUCGACCAAUCAGCCCGGAGCAGCUCAUUGCCGAAGUAAAGGGGAUAUAUGCCGGUUUAGUCAUGGUUGAGGCAAAAUGUGCUGAGGUGGAUGCUAAGCAAGCUGCCGCAACUUUUGAUGAUGGCCAAACACAGCCUCGCCUGAAUGAUGAACAGUGGCAAGCAUUGAUUGCUUUACAUCGCACCCUGCUGCAUGAGCACCACGAUUUCUUUUUGGCCUCGCAACACCCGAGCGCUAGCCCCCCCUUACGGCGAUUGGCUGACAAGUAUGCAAUGCCGGCUCGGAUGUGGAGGCAUGGGAUAUACAGCUUUCUGGAAUUGCUCCGACAUAGAUUACCAUACUCAUUGGAGCACAUGUUGACCUUUAUCUAUCUUGCGUAUAGCAUGAUGGCGUUAUUGUACGAGACUGUCCCCGCUUUUGAGAAUACAUGGGUAGAGUGUCUCGGCGAUCUCGGUCGUUAUCGGAUGGCUAUUGAAGACGGUGAUGUCCGGGAUCGUGACGUUUGGGCUGGUGUUGCCCGAUUCUGGUACUCGAAGGCCACGGAUAAGACUCCAUACGUUGGUCGUUUGUUUCAUCAUUUGGCUAUCCUUGCCAGACCCAACGUUCUUCAGCAAUUAUUCUACUAUUGCAAAAGCUUGGCCGUGGCGCAACCCUUCUACCCGGCUAGAGAAAGUAUUUUAACUUUAUUUGACCCGAUAUUCUCGCCCGAACACAUUAUCAAGAACCAUCAUGUCGAUGCCGGGUUCAUUAAACUUCAUGGUAUCAAUUUCACCCAUAUCGAUCUCGAAAAGUUUGAUGAUGCUCUAUUCGAUUACCUAGAUAACUUGGACAAAAAUAUUGGCAAAAUAGAGUCUGAUUGGAAGGUGUCGGGCGCUUAUAUCGCGAUUUGCAAUAUAACUGGUCUUUCUCAAUACGGCGCGAAAGAGAGUCUCCUACGUUUGGCCUUGCGCGAAGGAAAAAACCGACAGCAUGUGACCUUCUCCAAGCGACUGGCAUACGAGAUCUUAGGUGUUGCCCUCCAACGAGUCGGCGAUUCAAACGUGUUACCUCACGUCCACAUAUGGCUCGUAUUUCUUGCUUAUGUAGUCAAAUCAGAGGCCGCAAUCAGGUUAUUGGAAAACGAGUUCCCGUGGGAACACUUGGUUUUUAUGUUAAACAGUCUUGUUGGGCAAUCCGAUCAGGAUAGGUUUGGGUGCAAGGAAUUUCCGGUUCCGGAGAAAGGUCGUGGGAGGCCACUCCCAGAAGAUUACAUCUUGCGGGGCCUUGAAUGGGCGCGGAAAUACUUCCCGAAUCGUUGGUUCGAAGAUGCCCAAGUGGAUGAAGAGGAACGUUCAGUGGAGGUGCCGUCUAUGGAAAAUGUCCGUAUUGAGCGUAUUUUGUGGCUUGCCACUCAAGUUGCCGCUAAUGGCGAAUGCCUGGUCUACGUUGACAAGAAAUUUCGGGUUCACCCGGCUUUGGUGACGAGAAUCGAAGAGCACCAAAAGCUUGAGGCGACAAUUACUCACGAGCAGGAAUUGGGCGGGUCAAGAAUGACACCAACCUCAGAGGAUUCCGAUGUAGACAUGACCAGCGGGGAAAACGAGUCAGAGGAUGACGAUUAUGUGCUGGUGGGCCAGUCUGAGGAAGUAAGACGUCUCAAACAGCAGCGGCGUGAGCUCGAGUCGCAAUUAAAGUCCAGUGGCAAGGCUGCUGAUCCAGCGGAGGAGCCUAGACAAGCAGUCGCAAAGGGGCCGGAAUCACUGAAAGAGAACUUUUCGGUCUUGGUUGUUGAUACCAAUCUUCUACUCAGCCAGCCUGAGGUCUUCAAACUCAUGGUGUCGACAUUCAAUUGGUCUAUUGUGAUACCCAAUACUGUGAUCACAGAGCUCCUUGGCUUGACGAACAGCACGGGCCCCGUUGGCGAUGCCGCAAAGGCAGCCAUGAUUGCAAUCAACGAGGCCCUCACUGAUGAGAGAGAUGUGAAAGUUGUCACCGCGAAGGGAAGCAAUGUGACCAAGUCUGGCUUCUACAAGGAGCAACUUGACAAACCUGGAGACGAUGAGCAGCGCAAAAUUGAUGACGUUAUCAUAGAGACUACGAAACUGCAGGGAGAGGCACGGAGGCAAGCAAUCCCUGGGGAUUACGGCGACUAUGAGGCGGCUGUUUUAAUUACCGAGGAUCGUAAUAUGCGGGUUAAGGCCAACGCCCGAGGCGUCACCGCUAUUUCGGCAUCUGCCUUAAAAAAGGUCCUGUCCCCUCCGGCAGGUUCGGCCCGGCCGGAGCGCAGGUCACUUGGUGCUCCGGCAGUGGCUCCGGACUGGCCUGAAGAUGAAGUGGCGUUUGUGGAACCUGGCGGGGACUUUGAUCCCGUUUUGAACGUGCAUCCUAUAGGCACCGUAAGGAAAAAGAGGCAAUUAAAACGAGGCAAGGCACAGGGCGCGGAUGCGCCUAAAGUCACUUGAGGGUCUUUUCAGUGAUUGGAAUCCUCCCCCUCUCCCCCAAAAGAACAUCAUGAUCUCCGCCCAAUAAUCGAGGCUCUUCGCUCCUGAUGUCGGCUACUACAUGGCUUGUUGAUUCGAUUGCUCUGGUUCGGUUUAUGGGGGGAUUGAACAUUACUUGCGAGAUCACGAAAGAGCUGAUAAUUUUACGGUUGUGAUAGCGGUGUAGCUACUACUGCAAGUUUGAUGGUUCGUUCGUUGGAGGGCAUUGGUGAGUUAGUCUUCUCCGGCUUUAUUAUGGUGCGGAAACACCACCACAUUCAUUUUCCUUCAUGGUUUCUUUCUACACUCUUUUUCAUUUUUUCACUUUGUCUUGUAGGGCUGUACGGGGCUUAGAACGGACGCUGUAGAUGUAUUUUUAGCCUUUAAAAAAUAAUUUCAUGCUCUCCUUUA